CCGGUUUCAGAGAACAUGACGGAGGAACUGGACCUCACAGGACAGGACUCUGAUGUGGGUAGUGAAGAGGUGGUCCUAACUCCUGCAGAGCUCAUUGAAAGACUGGAGCGGGCCUGGAUGAAUGAAAAGUUUGCCCCUGAGCUGCUGGAAAGCAAGUCUGAGAUUGUAGAGUGUGUCAUGGAACAGCUAGAUCACAUGGAAGAAAAUCUCAGGAGAGCCAAGAAGGGGGAUCUGAAGGUCAGUAUCCAUCGAAUGGAGAUGGAGAGGAUCCGCUAUGUCCUUAGCAGCUACUUGCGGUGUCGGCUCAUGAAGAUAGAGAAGUUUUUCCCUCAUAUCCUUGAAAAGGAGAAAACACUCCACGAGGGGGAGCUGUCUAGCCUUUCUCCAGAGGAGCUGGUCUUUGCCAAACAGUACAUGGCUAACACAGAGACCUACCUCAAGAAUGUUGCCUUAAAGCAUAUGCCUCCUAACUUACAGACGGUGGACCUCCUGAGGUCAGUUCCCAAACCAGAUCUAGAUUCAUACGUGUUUCUGAGAGUGAAAGAACGACAGGAAAACAUCUUGGUAGAACCAGAAACAGAUGAGCAAAGGGACUAUGUGAUUGACUUGGAGGAAGGCUCGCAGCACUUGAUCCGAUACAAAACCAUUGCACCCCUGGUUGCUUCUGGAGCAGUUCAGCUGAUAUAAAAUCAAAACUCUACUUUCUCAAGGGAAGCGGAUGAAAUUAACAUGAGCAGAGAGUAUCACAGUGAUACCUGAAGGAAGGAUGUAGAGACAGU